AUGACACCAGGAUCGAGGUCCCAGACAGACGGGAUCAGACGGGCCUGCGAGCCUUGUCGUCGGAAGAAGUCCAGAUGCACGGGGGAGCGACCUAUUUGUUCAUUUUGUGAACGUCUGGAUUUACCUUGUGAAUACGCUGCACGAGGUAGCUCAACGACCAACCGAGCUACACGUGCUACCAGACACCAGAAGUAG